GCUCAACACUCCUCUUUAACUGUCAAGAAUGUGGAAGAGGAUAUCAUUUGCUGCAGCUACCACACCUUUUUGGAGAAGAGCCCAUAUCAUUCAAUAUAUGAAUAUAAAGUUGCUUCCGUUCAUCCUUCGUCAGACUGUUUUGGUCUGGCUUGUGUCGAGCGAAGUGAGCUGCUGCAUUGCGUAAGUUUUCUUCAGCUUCCUCUAGCCUUCCAAUCAUCAUCGAUGCCAUAGACUUGUUGUGAAAGAUGGACAUUGAUAUGUCAGGAGAUAGUCUGCCAAACUGGCUCCUCAAAAUUGAUGACCUUUCGAAUAUGUGCAGUGCGUGGUCAAAUUUAUGCUGGUUGAUAUAGACCAAGCCAAGAUUAAUGAAGACGUCUGCUAAUAACUCGGCCUCAGGCACGACUGACCAGCAUGACGGAAUAGUCGACCGAGAGCUUCAAGCUCGGUGAGAUUGGCAUAUGUUCCCGCCUCCCCUGUUUUAUAUAACUCCAACACCGAGUAGCGUGCGGCUCCAGUCGUCGUAUCGUCUUCCAAAAACCAUCCUCAUACGAUCGUGGAAACUGUGCGGCUACCAGCAAUAUUGCACAUUGUAUGUACUCCUACUCAUUAGUGUUCGUUCUUUGUCGGGCUACGGCUUGAAUUGCUGGAUAGAUCUCCCAAAGUUGGUUUCCGUGGGCAGAAGCUUCUAAAUACUUUCUGCUCUUUUGAAAGAUUGCGGAGCCAAGCUGGAUAUGUUUCUUCUACUGCGCUAAAGCAAAGCUCGUACCAUAGUUCCUGAUAGUUGAGGUAGCUGAACAGAAAUAAUACCUUUGCAGCUACAGGAUCUGUGUGCUCAAGCUCCCAAGGGCCUUGCUCUAUGGGAA